CACUGGACGCGAUGAGCGAUGAGCGAUGGGCGAUAUCCAAUGAGAGCUCUGGUUUUUCGAAAAAAUAAAGCUCUCAUUGGAUAUCGCCCAUCGUUCAUCGCUCCAACCCUUCACCUGAAAGUGUAGACUGAAAGAAUUUAAAGGAAAUCGAGAUUACAGAUUACAGGACUGUGUGAUUGAUAGAGAGAUAUAUCGCGAGUUUUUUAAUCUAUCUGUGAACGAAAAGCCACAAAAAAAAUUGUUUCGAUCACAAAUUGUAUAAAGUUUAAUGUACGAUAUAAAGAUAUAGAAACCCAAUGUAUUAAUAUAAAGAUUCACGAUUACAGGAUUAAUAAAAAAAUUCCACGAAGGCCUCCUUCACCUGCAGCUUCUGUAAUGCAUUCCCCAACGAGGAAAGUGAUAAUAAAAGGACAAAAGGAGUGGAAAAUUCAGCCAUGUAUCAGCAAUUGGAAAAAUGCAAAGGGUUAUACAAUUCCUUUGGAUAAACGUCUUGCUGCAGAUGAUAGAGGUUUGCAGCAAGUACGCAUUAACGAAGACUGCAAAAUUAGCUGACAGUCUUUAUAUUGCCGAUAGAAAAGCCCGAGAAGCUGUACAAUUGAGGAAAAAGUGGAAAAAAGAUUUUGGAGGUGGAGGAGCAUCUCCGGAGAUACAUAUUGCACAAGAUUCACUUGGAAUGGGGAUAAAACACAAGGAAAUCACAACCGAUGGGUUUGUAAUACUUGCUGCAAAGGAUUCUCCAAUCCCUUGGAUUAAACAUCUUGCUGCAGAUGAUAGACGUUUGCAGGAAGUACAAAAAGUUAAAGAAGACUUUGCAGAAUUAGCUGAGAGUGUUUGUAUUGCUCAUAGAAAAAUCCGAGAAGGUAAAGAAAUGUAUGCAAAAUUUAAGAAAAAGAUGGCUCAAAGAAGGAGGCUCAUUUGAGACAUCUCGACUAAAAGGCCCGAAAAGCGCGACAUUAGGUUUGUAUAAUUGCAUCUGAUUUCUGAUGAUUGUAAUAAUAAAGAAGUAUAUUUGAUGUGUAAGAAAAAAAUUUUAAUUAAGAAAAAAUAUUUUAUAAAAAAUCAAAUAAAAUAACAUACGAGCAACG